CAUGAAAGGACGGGCUGCCCGCGCCAGGCAUGGCAUGAGCUAGGGGCGCGGAGGAGAGAGACCCGUGGAAGAUGUCGAACCAGAGAAACGGCGACACCAAGCCCCCAUGUUUGCCCCGCAAUGGACUGGUGAAGAUCCCCACACAGCCCAACGGACUUGGCUCCGCCAGCAUCACCAAAGGGACCCCCGCCGUGAAAAACCGCCUGUGCCAGCCUUCCUCCGUGCCUGCCAUCCUCAGCCCGGCCUUAGCCAACCACAGCGACCUGCCCAUACCCAGCCUGGCAUCGCCCCUGUCCUUGGCCGCUCUGGCCGGAGUGUCGUCYCCUCCCAGCGCCUCCCUGGUGGGACUGAACUCGAGCGAGGCCUCCCCGGGCAAGGAGCAGCCCUCGCCGGAGCGGCUGCCCGGCUCGCCCUCGGAGAGGCAGCUGGCGGUGGACGAGAAGAUCCUCAACCGCCUGUUCUGGUACUUUUCGGCCUGCGAGAAGUGUGUGCUGGCCCAGGUGUGCAAGGCGUGGCGGAGGGUGCUGUACCAGCCCAAGUUCUGGGUGGGCCUCACGCCGGUCCUGCACACCAAAGAGCUCUACAACAUCCUGCCCAGCGGCGAGAAGGAGUUCGUCAGCCUCCAGGGCUUCGCUGUCCGGGGCUUCGACGGCUUCUGCCUCGUGGGUGUCUCCGACCUGGACAUUUGUGAGUUCAUUGACAACUACCCCCUGUCCAAGAAGGGGGUGAAGUCCAUGAGCCUUAAGAGGUCGACCAUCACAGACGCGGGGCUGGAGGUGAUGCUGGAGCAGAUGCAGGGCGUAGUGCGGCUGGAGCUGUCGGGCUGCAACGACUUCACGGAGGCCGGGCUCUGGUCGAGCCUCAACGCCCGCAUCACCGCGCUGAGCGUCAGCGACUGCAUCAACGUGGCCGACGACGCCAUCGCGGCCAUCUCGCAGCUCCUGCCCAACCUCACCGAGCUCAACCUGCAGGCCUACCACGUCACGGACACGGCGCUGGCCUACUUCACCGCCAAGCAGGGCUACACCACCCACACCCUGCGCCUCAACUCCUGCUGGGAGAUCACCAACCACGGCGUGGUCAACAUGGUGCACAGCCUGCCCAACCUGAGCGUGCUCAGCCUCUCGGGCUGCUCCAAGGUGACGGACGACGGCGUGGAGCUGGUGGCCGAGAACCUGCGGAAGCUGCGCAGCCUCGACCUGUCCUGGUGCCCUCGCAUCACCGACAUGGCCCUCGAGUACAUCGCCUGCGACCUGCACAAGCUGGAGGAGCUGGUGCUGGAUCGGUGUGUGCGGAUCACCGACACCGGCCUCAGCUACCUGUCCACCAUGUCGUCCCUGCGGAGCCUGUACCUGCGCUGGUGCUGCCAGGUGCAAGACUUYGGCCUGAAGCAUCUCCUGAGCAUGGGCAGUUUGCGCCUCUUGUCUCUCGCAGGCUGCCCCUUGCUGACCACGACGGGGCUCUCGGGGCUCGUGCAGCUGCAGGAGCUGGAGGAGCUGGAGCUGACCAACUGCCCCGGUGCCACCCCGGAGCUCUUCAAGUACUUCUCCCAGCACCUGCCGUGCUGCAUGGUCAUCGAGUAGCCGCUUCGCCGCGCGCAUCGGCCGGUCCGCGGAGCCGUCUUCUCCAGCCCCAGCAGUGACCCACCGAGCUGCGCCAUCGUCUGACAUCACCCACCUCAUUUCUUUCUGUCUGAGGAGGAGAGACGCAAGAGACACUGUCGAUUUAAGCAACCGCGUGUAAAGCCGAGUCCCGCACAUUGACGCAUCGGACACUGGCACUGGAGAGACUCGUCGCUCCAGGAGGAGGCGGGGGACAGGGCGGCCGGUGCCUGCGCCCGCCCCGCUGCAGCCCAGCGGGGUGCUGGACCUUCCCCACUUCUCCAUCGUCGUCUUCGUCGUGCGCUGCCCCGCAAGCCCCUCCCAAGCACACAAAUGGACGCGCAAACCGCCAAAAGCGCACGCGGACGGAGCCGAGCGAGGAAGGAGGCGGCGG